AUGGAUACCCACCAACAAGAAAGUGAAGAAGCUGACGUAUCAAGCCAAGAUAGCCAUGAUGAGAUAUCUUCAACUUAUGAAGGUGUAUCAACACGCAGUCCAUACUGGCUCUUCCAAUACUAUCUGAUCAUCAACAAAUCGAUCGCUGAACCACUCGUUAUAUGUCUUAAUGAAGUUUUUCCAUUUGAAGGGUUUAAGCUAUAUCAGCUGGUUAUGAACGAAUUACGUUUGGAUACAAGAAGAUUAAUUCUUCAACACUUAGCACUUCAGCAAGCCAAUCCCAAUGAUGCACUAUCUGAUGAUGAAGAGUCUUUUAUUGAUGAAUUAGAUGUUAAAGACACCCCAGAAACUCCACACGGCUCUACAGGCACAAGCAGCUCCCCAAAUCUAUAUUAUUUAAACCACGAAAAGGAGGAUUUUAUUGUUUACAAAGAAAUAGAUGUUCAAUAUUUUGAAAAUUGUUUAGCUGCUGCUCCCACUGCUCAGAAUAUAUCAGAAAGUCUAACAGGUGGUUUCAAUAAAAGUGAUUCAUUACAUGAAUUUCCCACAAAUGAAGAACCAAUUGAACUUAGCUAUCAAGAAUCCAGUCAUAUUUCUGGCCCACCAAAACAAGCGGAUUAUAAUUCAAAUGAUAACUAUAAACAUCCAAUGAUUGAUGAUUUUAAAAUUCCAGGACCUGCAGAUCCAGACAUCGAAAUAGAAGAUUUCAUAGAACUGUGUGGUACAAUGCUGUUUACUGAUUUAAUUACUGAAAGUGACGAUGAUAUUUACUUAGGAGACUUUGAUGAGUUUAUGAAUUAG